UUUACUGUCAGCUCAUUUGGAAUAGUGGAUUGUGUUUGCUCAAUUUCAUCCAUAACAUUGUUCGCUUCAUAUUCGUUUAUUAUAAUUCAUGAAAUUGGGCUGUAAAGUGUGAAACCAUCGCCUAUCCAGUUGGAAAAUUGGAACUACUGACUGACACUUGACAGUUUUUCACGGCGAGGUAAAUAUCUUGAAGCGGAAAAUCAAUACACUGAAUAUCAUUUUUUAGUGUUAUAUAUUUUCAUCAAUAAAUCUACAACAAUGUCGCAAGCUAUCACAAGAAGUGGUGAUAAAAAUCAAGAUGAGAAAAUUCUCAUGCCUUACACAUACAUUCAGCAAGUACCAGGGAAACAGAUAAGAACGAAGCUAGCUUCCGCAUUCAACUACUGGCUCAAGAUAUCUGAAGAGAAACUGAGACUAGUCGGUGAUAUUGUACAAAUGCUACACAAUGCCAGUUUAUUGAUCGACGACAUUCAAGACAACAGCAUCUUACGGCGCGGAAUACCGGUAGCCCACUCCAUCUAUGGUGUCGCGAGCACCAUCAACGCUGCGAACUAUGCUAUGAUCAUAGCCCUCGAGAAGACUUUGGAGCUCGGCCAUCCAUUGGCAACGACUGUAUACACCGAACAGCUGUUGGAAUUGCAUCGAGGUCAGGGCAUGGAGAUUUACUGGCGGGACAACUUCCAGUGUCCCUCUGAAGACGAAUACAAACAAAUGACCAUCAAAAAAACCGGUGGACUGUUCAUGCUAGCGAUACGACUGAUGCAGUUGUUUAGCGAGAACAAAUCGGACUUCACCAAUCUGUCCGCCGUGUUGGGGCUGUAUUUCCAGAUCCGCGACGAUUACUGCAACCUGUCGAUGAGGGAGUACACAGAGAACAAGAGUUACUGCGAGGACCUCACGGAGGGGAAGUUCAGCUUCCCCAUCAUACACGCCAUCAGGAGUCAGGAGGACGACAAACAAGUCCUUCAUAUCCUUCGUCAAAGGACCCGGGACGUUGAAGUGAAACGUUACUGCAUCACGUUGUUGGAGAAGUUGGGCAGCUUCCGGUACACGAGGGGGAUCCUGAACGAUCUGGACGCGCGCGCCAGGGAGGAGGUGUCCCGUCUAGGCGGCAACCCACAGCUGGAGGCGCUGCUGGACGACCUGCUCACCUGGAGACAGGAAGGCGACGACGCUAACGAUCAAAUGAACUACGUUUGAGCACAACUAAAGAUGAGCUUAAUUUAUUAUAAAUAUAAAUUAUUCCAAAUACAAAUAGUGAGGGUAGUUGAAUUUGUUCCUUAAAUUUUAGCGAAACUUUUGCUAGUGUUAUAAAACAGAAACUUAAUUAUAGCGAGAAGUGAAAGGUUAUUUGGUUUAAAGGACAUCUUUGAAAAAUUACUGGUGGUAGGACUUCUUGUGAGUCCGCGCGGGUAGGUACCACCACCCUGCCUAUUUCUGCCGUGAAGCAGUAAUGCGUUUCGGUUUGAAGGGUGGCGCAGCCGUUGUAACUAUACUGAGACUACAGAACUGUUAUCUCAGGUGGGUGGCGUAUUUACGUUGUAGAUGAUUUUGGGCUCCAGUAACCGCUUAACACCAGGUGGGCUGUGAGCUCGUCGACCCAUCUAAGCAAUAAAAAAAAAGACAGAAAAUAAUGGGCAUUCAAAUUUCGAUACGUUCACGCAUUAGAGCGAUGGUUACAGAAACUGAAGUUCAAUUAAAAACAUCGAACAGUCGAUGCUAUGUAAUAAUACCAAAUAAAACGCACCUUUGAUUACAAAGAUAAAUGUUACCUAAAACAAACACCAUUUCACCUCUCGAUAUAUUAUUAUUAUUAAAUUACUAUUGCGUAUAAAAUAAUCUAGACAAAAAUACAAACAGGAAAAUGCUAUUGCAAAAUUUUACAAAAAUUUUUUUUGACGACUCCAUUGUUUUUUUUGACGAUGUUAGACCAAUAAUCGAUACUAAGGUUAUAGUUAGUAUUUAAUUAAUAUUUAUUUUCGAUGCAUUUAGCACUUUUAUUUAUGAUUCUAUUCGAGUGGACAAGAUUGUUAUUGAAUCUGUAUAUGGUGUCGACGUUAUCAUGUCUACACUAACGUGAAUGCUGUAGAUAAUACAUUAGUUAGGUCAGCAUCUACAUCAGCUACGUCAGCACAAAGACAAACCUACCACUGCAUUGAUUUACUUCAAAAAUUUUAAGUACGCUUGACAAAUUACCGUAGGAAUGUAUAAUUAAAUAUACAAUAUAUUUUUAAAUAUAUUUUUUCUUCUUUAAAAACUUCCACUUCUGGUUGGCGCUAAUGUAAUGUUAAAUGUUCAUUAUAAAUAAUUGCUUAAUAAAAACGUACUUACUUUCAUGUGUUAGUGCAUUGCUUGAAAUUGAAAAGACCUAAUGUGCAAUUUAAUUUUAAGUUAUACAAUAAUUUUAAGCCUUAUUUUUAGGUCGAUAAGGGUUAAUUGUAUUCGACGAUCUAGAACGUUCCAUCACUGCCCGAUGAAACCAUACUUAUUAAUUAAAUGUGUUUUGUUUUUAGUUGUUAAUAUUUUUUUAUUAAUCGAAAAAUAAAAAUAAAUUCUUUCUCCUUCCUGCCUUAUAAAACGAGCAGUAUUUAACGAAUCAAAAGACUAAUGCGUUAUUCUCAAUGUUUUUUUUUUGUAUUAAAUAAAUUAUAUUAAAUUAAAAAAAUUACGAUUAAAUAUAUUUUGGAAUGUUUUUACUUUUGAAAUUAAUUAUGUUUUUGUAUUAAUUUAUUUUUUUAUUAUACUUCAAAAUUUCGUAUUGAGAGAUGCUCAGGAUAAAUGUGCCAUUUUAAAAACGGAAGUGUCGAAUGGGUUUAGUGCUGGGAAUAUAGUAUCUUGAUUUUUUGUUUUCUUUUUUUUUAAUAAGCUUUGUCUAUGGGUCGCGUUGUUACGUGUCUAUGGUAUUGAUAGUGAACUAAUUGGUUGGUUCGUUGUUAACAUUCUAUAAAGUUGUACGCGAUAAUAAUUCAAACUGCUUCGAAAUCUGAUUGAGUAUUGGGGAUAGGAUUUUUGUUUUUUUUUUCAGACUGGGCUUUCUACGUCUGUUCUUUUGAGUUAUCAUGAAACAGGCUCAAAUUGUUAUUCUAUCAAUUUGCUUUGAUAUUAUAAUUUAGGUAUCGCGCAUUCCGUAUUGAAUAGGCUAAUAGGGCAUUAUAAUAAAAUAAUAGCGUGUCGUUGUAGCAAUUUUAUUUAACGUUCCAUAAAAAAAAGAAUCAUGUGUGCAAUUCACACGUGUUAGAAGUGAAACCUUCAAAAAUUUAAAUACAAUUAUCCUAAAUGUCUAAGUAUAUGUAAAAUUUUGUCAUUAGUAAAUAAUUGUAAAUCAUCUUUUAUAGUAUGAGGUAGCGCCCUCUGUGAAUCAAUAUUUUAACGUCACGUAUAAUCGUAAAUUGAAAUUCACUACAAGAGGUUUCAUACGCACGUUAGUAUUAAAAAAUCUCAUAGAUGGCGCUGUAUUAAAAUUUUUCGACACUUCCGUUGCAUACCUGCGUGACGUUACAUCUGUAAAAAUUUUACCCUCAUGCGCCUAAAGAAGUUUCACUUCAAAAACUAUCUUUGUGGAGUUUAAAUGACACUUACUUGUAGUCAAUGUAGAUUGGAUGUUUCAAAAGAAUCUUCGUAUUGGCGGAAGAUACUGGAAAUCAAUUCGAACUAAUAUCAGAAGUUGAAUGCUUCAAAUUGACAUUUUAAUUCAGAUUCAUAUCACCUGCUCUCUCAAAUUAAUGCUUGAAGAUCAGGGAUUAAAUAGUUUCUUUAAAUGAUUGUUAAGAAAAAUUAGUAAUUUUGACUGAUGUAGUAUUUUAAAAUUUUCAAAAAGCGAUUUGUGCUAUUUGUAGGAUAAUUAAAGGCCUAAUUUGUACUUAUAAGUGUCGCUACAAGGCUAGCCAAAAAUGACAAUAAAAUUACUUAGGACCACGAUUUAUUGUAGAUUUUAAUGUUAAAAUGGCUUCUAAAUUAAAUUCUUCAAGCAGGUACUGUUUAGUGUUUGCUUGUGUCAAAAUGAAAGUGUUGCCAGUUAAAAAAGUAUUCAAAGUUUUUUGCAAAACCUUUAUUGCUUACUUCAUGUCUCCACUAUAUUACUAAACUAGCAUAAAACCUUGACAGUUGAAAUACAACAUUUAUUUCAAACUAAUGAAGAUUUUAUAAAUUGUUUACUGUUUUUAUUGUUGGCAACAUAUCUUUGAUCUUAGGUGUUACAAUUGAUUGAUUUUCUAGCGGGUAAAUGUUACCGCAGUUUUCAUCUCGAACUUUAAUAUGUUUUAAGAAUUCGACAGUUAAAUUGUAUAAAAUCACCGUUCUGCUGUAGUCGAUAAAUUUUGAUAUCAUUCAAGCUAGGACUAAAUAAUAUAAUAUCUUUUUUAGAUUUCGAGAUGAAUAAUAGCUAUAUUGUUCUAUAGUGCAUUUGUUUUGUCUUAAAAUAAAAUUUUAAUAUCCAA